AUGUACAUUCCACCUCUUUCUCUCGUCUGUAAGCUUGAAUAUGAUCAAGUAAAAUUCUCAGAUCCAGGUGCCAGUAUGAUCGGAAUGGCCAGUAUUAGCGCUCCAGCCUUUGAAAGCCAAGAAUUUCAAUCACGGGCUCCCAUUGAUCUCUGUUGCGUGAUUGAUAAGAGUGGAUCUAUGGAAGGAUCAAAAUUAGAACUCGUGAAAACCUCUCUCCGAUUCAUGAUUGAUCAAAUGAAACCUCACGAUCGGAUUUGUGUUAUUGAAUUUGAUAGCCAUGUAAAUACUUGUUUGCAACUCACACAGAUGGAUAAGGCUGGAAAGACUUUGGCUCAACAUGCCGUUGCAUCCAUCAAGGCUGGUUCAUGUACGAAUAUUUCUGGUGCCUUGUUGGAAGCCUUUGAUAUCAUGUCCCAACGAUCACAAAAGGCAACCAUUUCAUCUAUUUUACUCUUUACGGAUGGUUUGCCAACAAAGGGAAUUAUGGCACAAGAGAAAUUGGUACAAAUGGUUGAGAAGUGUAUUGUAAAGAGUUCAAGUUCAUUAUUUACUUUUGGAUUUGGUGAAGAACAUUCAUCGAAUUGUUUGGUUGCGCUCAGUCAAUCGGGUGGAGGCUUGUAUUAUUAUAUUAAGAAAGAUGACGAAAUUCCUCAAGCAUUUUCAGAUUGUUUGGGAGGAUUGUUAACAGUGUUUGCUCAAAAUAUUGUAUUGAAAAUUCAAUGUACAGGAGAUAAUGGAGUCAUUUUGGAGUUGUUAUAUUUUGGCACCUUACACCUUACACUUAGUGUCAGUGCUGUUUGCAUUUGA